GAAAAUACGAAAUCGCGUUGACUGCAGAUGUGGAAAAAAUGUACAGGCAGGUCAAACUACAUGAAGAUGAUCAAACAUUCCACACUAUUUUAUGGAGGUUCAACAAAAAUGACCCAAUCCAGGAAUAUCAACUCACGACAGUCACCUACGGAACCGCUCCCGCUGCCUACCUUGCUAUAAGAACCAUGCACCAAUUAGCCAUGGAUGAAUGCGACAAAUUCCCGAGAGCUGCGGAACUGAUACUUGAAGAUUUCUACGUCGAUGAUUUUCUCUCCGGCGCCCACAAUAAAGAAGAGGCACAAAAAAUCAGACAAGAAGUUAAAACGCUACUUCUCAAGGGAGGAUUCAACAUUCGAAAAUGGAAAAGCAAUCUCACAUCAAAUGAUGAUACGUCCUUUCAAGAUUUCAACAGCAGAGAGGACAUAACCAAAAUUCUGGGAAUUAAAUGGUCACCACAAAAUGAUAACUUCCAAUACACUAUUAAACAAACUUCCAAUCGAACAAACACAAAAAGACAAGUGCUAUCUGAAAUUGCUUCAAUAUUCGAUCCAUUAGGUCUCAUGGCUACAAUUGUAAUCAAGGCGAAAAUAAUUAUGCAAGACAUAUGGAAAACUGGUAAAAAAUGGGAUGAAGCUAUUCCUACAGAAAUCCAAACAGCGUGGGACAAAUUCAAAGAAGAACUGCCAAUAAUAGAAAACCUGCAACUACCACGAUGGUUCCAGUAUAAUCCAGAGCAGCCCAUUGAACUACACGGAUUCUGUGUUGCAUCGCAAAGAGCCUAUGGAGCAGCAAUAUACACCAAAACAGUCGUGAAGGACAAAACCCAGACAACAUUGCUAGUAGCCAAAACAAAAGUUGCACCUGUAAAAAACAAAUUAACUAUCCCGCAAUUGGAACUUUGUGCCGCAACAUUAUUGGCGAAACUGAUGAAACGAACAAUUACAGCCCUGAAAAUCGCCGACAUAAAUAUUUACACAUGGUCAGACUCAAAAGUUGUGUUAGCCUGGUUACAGAGAACUCCGAGUAAGCAAAACGUCUUCAUAGUCAACCGAGUUCAAAACCACGCCAGCAAUGUUUCGACCUUGACCAGCUCUACGCCGAGGCGAAAACAGAAUUCCAGACGAGAGACCAACUCCGGACGUCAGCACCCAUUCAUGACCAUGCCGAAUAAAGCACUCGAUCGAGUGUCACACAAGUUAGAAAUAGGAAAUUGGGAAAUAGGACAAUAGAAGUAACAGAUUGCCAACACUGGAGCUCCAACAUCAUAGCCUGCAGCAUUUCGGCCUUGGGAGUAAUGUUCGAAAUUCGAACAUUAUUCUAAAAAAUAAUCAAGUUCAAUAAUAUCUGAAUUAUUCACAAAACUGGGUCAC